UAACAUCUCGGAUGGCAAAAGAGCGGCGGGCCGACGAAAACAAACAUUGGGCUGUCAUGCAAAAUAACAAUAAUAGCUUGCAAGAUCCAGUCAACCUGAUCUCUGAUCUCCAAUUGUGCCGUCCGGGGUUGCUCCUCUACGCCGUACUUUGAUAAGGGAUCUUUCAACCAACUUGGCCGCUGAACAACACUAGAACUUCUCGUGGAAUCUCCAGCGCUUUCCUCCCGCAUCAUCUCUUAUUCUGGCCCCUGCACAAGAUUUGGUCAUCAUUCAGGGGCCCUCCAUUGUUCCUCGGUCCAUUUCAGAUUCGCGUGCGCUCCCCUCUACUAAUUCAGAGCCCCCUUUUCGCACAUGUUUCGGGACUGGACUGUGAUGGAGCUGGCUUCUGACGCCUGUGUUAAAAAUAAUUUGUUAUCUUGUGGGCUUCCGCCAUGGACACCAAUGUCUUUACGAUUUCCGGAACCUCCUUGUCACCCUCCGAUACUGUCCCCAACAAUAACACCACCACCACCACCUCCUCACGACCACAUUCCUCCCGUGGUACCAGUAUCUUCCACCCCACCCGCCUUUCAUCCAUUUCUCCACCCCAACACCCGCUUGAAAAGCCUUGCAGCGCCCAGAAUCGACGGCUCCAACUUCGAAACGCAGGUUUUCGUGGCGCGUUACUCCAGUCACGAAAACCAAGCCCUCCUUUCACAAGAUGGCGAUCGCCUUCGGGGGCCUCUGAUCAACAUACAGAGAAACAAAGUGAUGAUACUGCCAGCAUAGAUCAAAGCUGCAAUCUCUCAAAACUGACCACAUCACACACGCGCCGCUCGAGUAUUCUUGAAGAAAUCAAUAACUCUACGCAGAGGAGGUAUCGUCAGUCUCCGCGACCUCCAGCAGCUUCCUUGUUCCAUGAUCUGCCUUCUCCGGACCCACCUACAUCUACCAAUGACUUCCCCCUUUAUUCUCCUUCGAAGUGUAGCGGGCAAUUAGGGCCUCCUAUUGAUCUGGACACUUUCGACUACAGUGAUACAGAUAUGCCAUCGAAACCGAAAAAACCGUCUUGGAGGUCAUCCCCCUUCAGCAGCCUCGACCGCCCAAAAAGACGACCUAAUAUUACAAACAGGAACUCAGAUCUCGAACUUUCUAGGUAUAUAGAACAUCUAGAAGAGCAGCUUGCCGCCUCUUUAAAUCGUGCCGAAUCGAUAGACUCAUCUACGACGAAUAUUCAAGCAGCAAAGUUCAAAGCUCUCAAUGCGGAAUAUAAAAUAUUGAAACAAGAGCUGCUAGAAUGGGAGACCAAAUUCGAAGCUCGAUUGAAAGACGAAUUACGCAAUACGAUCGACAAAGAAUCAGAGCUUCGUGCUAAAAUUCGUUCUUUGGAGAGACUUGUCGAAAUUAAGGAAAAUAAGAUCCAUGAGCAGCAAUGGGAAAUUGAAAUGGCAACCCAAAAGUUACAAAACAUGGAAGCGGUUAAUGCGACGAACCGUAGCCUGGAACGGAGGAUUGAUGUGUUAACAGAACUUUUGGCUCAGUCGCCAACACGGAUGGAGCCAUCGUCAGGGUUGAAUAUUGUGCCUGAGACUUCUUCUUCUCAGGCGGACGGUAUAUAUCAUACUCCAAGGCCUCGAUCUAUGUUCUCCAAGAUUCCUUUGUCUCCCGUUCGAAAAGCGCUUUUCCAACCUCUUUCGGUACCCAGCUCAAACGCCGUAACAGACCCUUCUGUUCACUACCACCAAGCAUCUGAUCACCCCUACGUUUCGCCCCCGCAAAGAUUUGAACAGACGGAUGAUGCCGAACUGAUGUCUCUCGAUUCUGGAGUGGGUGACUCCUGUUCCCCUCCGUCUACCCGCGCGCUAGACUCACAACGCUCAUCCAUGAUUUCACAUGCUUCAUCAAACCCAUCCCAUUGGGGAACCUCUUUUCCUCUAUCACCUGAGAUUCAAGGGAAAUUUUCCAGUCGUCACAGGAGGAUGAGGCGAUUCCCUCCAGGGUCAUGCACAUUGAAGCCACUCAUCCUACCCGCUACCUCACCGCAUGUACCUAGCCAAAUACACCGCCAGACUUUCUCCAACGAUCCAAUAUCCCCUUUUCAUUUGCGCCCAACUAGUGCUCACGAUUCUCCCAACUCAACUUGGGUAGAGCCGGACACCCUACGUGCUCUGGAGGGACAAUCACAUCGAUAUCAAACGUUCGAUGAAGCCAUCAAUGGCCAUAGCAUGUCCGGGGGAAUUGCGCCUCUAGAAACUGACCUGGAUGAUUUUUCGACUACAGGAUCAUCACCUCACAUAUUUUUCGAUGAUAUCCAUCCAAGCACUCUGAUGGCAUCCCCAGCGUUCAAUAGUCAAACUCAAAACGAGCCACUUAAGCAAGUGGCACCACGCACGCUAGAGAAUGAGCUUCGCCAAAGCAACCCAUCACUGCGCGUAAGACCCCGAACCAACCGCGAAACUGACCGGGACAUUACCCCUGUGGCGGUGCUGGAUUCGAAGAUUGCAAGGCUUCGCAAGAUUUAUCCGGCGUCACGAAAUUUUGUCCCAUCGCUUGACAGCAGACAAGACCCCUUCUACCCUUUCUACUACUACAUUUGGGAUGUCGCACCUAACCCGGCAAAUUUGAUUCGGCGAAUCAUUGCAAAUGCAUGGCAUGCAAACUGGAACCACCUUGGGAAGAUGUCCUGGUGGGUCCUAGGUCUGUUCUUAAGUGGCCAACCAAGAAAUCAGUGGCUCAAAAACAAACGCCAGUGUCAAAUUAAUUACGACAAUAACGAUGACACAGCGUCCACUACCAACUCCAGGAGUCCAACGAACUCGUACCGCUCUAGAACGAGCCCCCGUACUUCACACUGUGAAGGAACCCCAACCAAACAGACCACUAUAAUUUCGCCCGACGAUACGUCAGCAUUAAUCCAUACCCCUCCGGGAGGUUCCACAAACGGACUUCCCAUAGCUAUUACUACAGAGCCACCUCCACCAAAGAGACCGUUUGAAGUAUGGGCUAGGUUUUCCUUUGCACUUGUUCUUGCCAUUGGAUUGGCCGUGAGGGACGGACCUGCAUCUCUGAUGGAUGAAUGCCUGCUGAGAGGGUCCUGUAUUGCUGAUGGUACAAGAUCUGCGUCGGCAGACACCGACCAAAAUGCCCGCCCUUCAUCAGAACGUUCUUCACAUAUACUAGAGGUGUCUCCUCCACCUCCACCACCGGAUUUUUCGCACGGCGCUCCUAGUGGGGACCAGGUUAAUGGUGAACCAACCUGAAAUCCUUCCGGUUCAUAUACCUCCGUUACACCCUGAGAUCCCACCUGGCUGAUUCCGCCAUUGGGCGACUAUCGCUAAGCCCACCCUAAUGACAAUACCCUGAAGCAUUUCACGUACUCCCUACCUAGGUUUACGGCAGCCAAGACGCCAGCCCAUUCAGCGACAGAAAUUACUGGCUCAACCAAAGCAUCAAAUUCCAGCCAACGAAACAUUUCCUCUACAAAGCCAGAACGCUUCUGGCAAGCUUCUGGAGGCGAAAGCCCUUUUUGAAAUUUGUUUUGUGGAAGACGGAACGGAGGCUCUUUACUUGAGAAAUCUCAAACUUCCGAUCCUUGAUGUGUUUCUUUAAUAGCGACUUAACGACUUUUGCUGGCGAACUUUCUUCCUUGUCUAUCCUUUUUUUUCACUCCCAUCGGUACACACAAAACAGGAGGAACUUUUGUGGCACAUGCAAGAAAUACGUGUACAACCUCGAUUCCUCGAACAAGCAUAUGCAUUAAUUCGCUGAACCAAGAAGAAAAAUAAAAAAGGAAAGAGAAAACAAACCAUCGAGAAAACAGCAGCAACACAGCAGUGACGUACAUGCUUCCAUUAAUCUUGGGACACCAUGCAUGGUCCGCUCGCUCAACCGACGUGUAUUUAAUAAGCGUACACGGACGAACUGUGUGUGCGAUAAAGCCAACAAAAACAGGAAAGAAAGCAAAGGAAGUUGGUGAAUAGUGUGCCGCGCACACGAUGGCGCAAUCAUUUUCCCUUUUCACAAUAGAUAUUAGUAGAUCAUCCUAGAUGGAUAAAAAAGAAAGCUGUACGCAGCGUUAGUUCGUGAGGUUUUCUAUUCACUUUCUGGGGCGGAAUCAGAUCCCCGUCGAAACAAAGAGAAGGAUGAAACCACACAGCACAACACUCCGAAAAUCACAAAUGAGUACAUGUAAAUAUGGCGGAAUACAUAGUUAGAUAUUUAUACAUAGAUACCCCAAACAAAACAAGAAAUACAUAUUAUUUCCAUUUCAUCCGGCCCUCUCACAAUGUUAAUACUAGACAUCGCUCUAUGCGAC